AUAGAAUCUAAUACUAGAUCUAGAUAAAAAGUAAAUUCAUAACAAUAUAACAAACAUUCUAGACUCUUUCUUGUAGUAUUGUAUUCAAGUUACAAAUACUAGAGUUACUAGAGAAAUUAUAUAGAGUAACAUAGUGACAUCAUUAUAGUAUAGUCACCCAUUGCCCAUUAUCUCAUACAUAUCAUAACUUGUACUAGAAAUUUAGAUUCUAAUAGAGAAUCAGACUGAGUAUUAGUAGUGUUAGACAUAUAGUGAAUCAUGAAUGUCAUUCAUUCAGAAUGGUGACAGAUCAGAUACUCUCCUCAGUGAUAGUAUGAGUUUUAACUUAAUUUAAAUAGAUCUACAUUUAGUAUGUAAAGUAUGUAAUAAUGAUCUUCUACAUUUAUAAUUCAUAAUUAUAUUAUUAUAGAUCUAGUCUAGAGUACAAAAUCUAGUCAUAAUUCUUGUAGAUAAUCUAACUCUUAAAUCUAGAAGUAGAGAGAUAAGAAUGACUAGAAUUGAUUGACUAUAUCAAUUUCUAGACUAUGUAUUAGAAUUGUAUAGAUCUUGACUUUUAUUACUAAAUAGUUUUAUUAUAGAUCUGAUUAUGACUAGUCUUGACUAGUCUACACUAAGUGACUAAGACUACCUAGGUCUAGGAGUCCAAGCAAGAAUAAUUUAAGCAAUGAGUAUGAUGUGUAUCAUUCAUUGGCCUAUGGAAAUCAUUCAUUGAGUGUAAAUCAACAUUGAGGUGACUGUUUCUUUGAGUAGUUUGAGUCUCAACUCUUUAUUCUUCUGAUCUUAAUUGGACAGUCACAGUUAUCCUAACAUAAUAAUCUUAUUGAAAUGGAUAAUAAAAAACCUAAGAAGCCAUUUUACGCUCUCCCGGAAAAUAUUCCCACAAGUGCUCAAAUUGUUAAUGCUGCUAGAUCUUCUCUUAGAACAUUUGAUACAAAACGUCCCAACACACCUCGGGAAGAACAGAGACACCUUUUUCCCACUUCAACAAAUCGAGCACCAGAAACAAGGCCACCUAGUGCCUUUAGUUUGACAUCUCGUCAUUUUGAAGGACCUGAUUCUCGGCCUGUCUCUGGUACACGACUGUCACCCCUUGAUUAUCACCCAAAACCUAUUAGUCCUUUAGAUUGUGAGAAUAUUCUUGUACCACGUCCACCACCAAUAGACCUUUCCAAAGCACCUGCUCGAAGAGGGUCUGGUAAUCGUUCAAAGUUACCUUCAAGCGGAGAAGGUUCAGAGAGCUCUUUAAUUCGCUCUGGUCAAGGAGAUGAAUUAACUUAUUCAGAAUCUUCUGGAGAAAAAGCUACUAUUGGCAGCAGUGAUCUCUCUGAAGAUUCUUUUGAUGCCAAAACAUCCUUACCUUCAGGCAAUGCUGGUGAUAGCAGAGAAAGCAGUGCUGGGAGCCAGAGAUCUCACUGUGAUGGCAAUGUGGAUGUUCCAUCAGAACCAGAAGAUGUGUAUACUAGAGAUGUAGAGCCAUUGGUUGUGGAGCUAUCAUCACUCAAGAAGAAAGAUUGCAACCGAAUCUAUGAACUGGCAGGACUGUUAUAUGAUGCGCUUGAUAAGCAUAACUGUCUAACCAAGCAGUUUGAACAUCGAGCUAAUCUCCUGAAAACUAUUUUUAAACUGCUGGAUGUGGAAGAGCCACGAGUUGUGUUGAAAUUAGUGAGACUUAUAUUGGCAUUUAAAGUGGCUGGGAACAAUUUAUUGAAUGUCUGCAAAUUAAUUUUUAAAAUUGGUCGCAGCGAUAAAAAUGAUAUUUAUUUUUUGGAAGAUAAUUUACUAAACUUACUCUUAGAAACUAUUCGAGCUACAGAUGUGACACAUUCCUGGGAAGCUUUGAUAUAUUUGGUUGGAGCUGUCAAGUUUCUUACUGGAAACGCAGAUAUUUUAAAAAGACUUGCCAAAUUGGAUUGCAUAAAAACAUUGGCUCUACUAAUGCAUUCCAUAAAUAAAGUAAAUGGUAACAGUGAGAAACCUGGAGAACACUUUGGACACAUACUUGUUCAAUUGACAGCAGCACUGAGAAAUCUAGCAGACACCAGCUCUGGGAGAGAUAGAUUUCUUACACACAAUGUGAUUGAUGGACUUGUUCUGGUCAUGGAAACUUACUCUGGUGAUAGUGAUCUAAUGAUGUACAUCUCAAGAAUACUAAGUAAAAGUACUCUUCAUACAGACUGCUGUUCAGUAUUAGCAAACUUGCCUCAGUUUUAUAAGGCUUUUGUCAGUUUAUUAAAAAGGCAUUUAAUGAAAGAUGAUUUAGUUGUCAGGCUUUGUUUUGUUAUUGGUAACCUUACCAUCAAGAAUGAUGCAGCCAGGCUCAAACUGUUUCAUGAAAGUAAUUCUAUUGAAACAUUACUGCUGAUUCUCAAGACAUACUUAGAGUUGGACCAACAAGGAAGGACUAGAGCAUAUGGUCCAGAGGAAGAUUUAAGUGGUAGUGUGGACAAAGGAGAAACUCAAGUCAGCAAAGUGGAAGAUGUUCUAAUUAAGGUAAUGAGAGUGAUCGCCAAUCUGACAAUAAAUGAAGAAGUUGGCACUGCCAUUAGUAAAAAUAGUGAAUUCAUGAAACUGUUGCUGAAAAUAAUUGAUGAAAAAGACAUUAUUCACCAUGAAGAAGUCAUUAUUAAUGCUGUGGUUGCCAUCAACAAUUUAUCCUACUACAUCAUUAACAAUCAGAGCCAGAUUGGACUGCAGCUAAAUAUAGCUCAGUCACUUUUAAAACUGUUAAUGAUCAACAAUAUGGAAGGUAUCUUGGAAGCUGCCCGAGUGUUUGGUAAUCUGACAAGACAUAAACAAGUUAGAGAUUAUUUAUCACAGAAUAAAGUGGAUGCCAUAAUGGUGACCUUAUUGGACUCAAAUAACAGAGAACUAGUUUACAUAGCCUGCGGGGUUCUCAUCAACUUUAUGCUGGAUGAAGAAAAACGUCCUAUUUUAAAGAAAGAGGGUGGCAUAAAGAAAUUACUAGAAGUACUGAGAGACUUUGGCAAAGAAGAUUGGCAGCUGAGUGCCUGUGUAUGUAAAGUGUUGGUCAAUUACAGUUGUAGGAUUCAUUCCAGUACAAAUAGCUUUGGGCAAGAAGAAGCUAUUGAACUUUCUGAGCUGCUUACAGAGUAUAUUGAUAAAGACAUGGCCUUGGGUGAAUCUCUGGCCAAUGUUGAUGAUGAUGAGAUGAAGGAAUACAUUGAAGAUGUUUGGCAUGAAGAGUUUUAUUCAAUUGGCUCACAACUUCUCAAGAGGAUUGUGUCCCAUUUGUCUCCCCUGGAACCCUUGGAGGCACCAUCUUGACCUUCCUUACUGCUGAACAAAGCCUGUUUUAAACGCUGCCUGUUCAUUUCAACAUGCAAGAUUCUUUAAUUACUAUAAAGACCAUUUUGUAAUUAAGUCUAGAGCCGUAGUAGCAAUAGGAGUUUCAAAAAGCUCUUUACAAUCAUCCAUUUAUUUAUUUAAUAGCCAAAACUUUGAUAAUCAGCCAAAGAUAAUAUUAGAACAAAAAUCUUCAUAGCUAUAUCAAACAUUUUUUUUACAUUUACAUUAAUAUAAAAAAUAUAAAUAUAAAAAAAAUUAUACAUCAUCAUUUAUAGAAACAAAAUAAUGAGUUUUAUCAAUGUAUGAUCUAUAAAUUGAGAAAGGUCUCAAAAACUGUUAAUGGAAAACUCCUGCCUAAAGUUUCUAUUGAUCUUUAGUUUUGAGAUGCUUUAAAAAGUCUAGAUACCUUUAGAUUGGUUAUUUCAUUCUUUUAAUUCUGAUAUUAAUAACAUGACAUGUACAUUUGAUUAAUAAAAUGUAAUGCUCUUUAAUUGACAUUUUUGACAACAGUGCUAUUUAGCUAUCAAAUGUCAUCAUUUUUAGUUCCUAAUGCAGUCUUUUGAAAUAAUAUUCUAUCUAAAGCCUCGGAAUUCAAACCUAUAUGAGAAAUGAAACUGUUUUUCUAUUUAUUAACUAAUUGACUUUACUUCUUUGACUUGGUGAGAUUAGUCUGUUGCAGGUCUGUAGCCAGGUAUGGUAGGAGCACUGUUCAUGUAGAUUUAGUAUCUUUUCUUCUCCUAUAGAGCUUAAUCUCGAGUAUCCAUUCAGGGCUGGUUGAUUAUCUUUGCAUCAUUAUUAUUUUUUAAUUAGGUCAUUCAGUUUAUAAAUGUGUCAUGAGUUCACCUUUUGUAUCAAUGUUAUUUUUGUGAUCUUGUAGACUGUUUAAUUUUAUAAAUCUUAUGUCACUAUUGGUUAUCUUCUAAUGAAAUUGAAACUAUUGACAUAGUUUUACAAAGCUUAUAUCAACUCUCUGUCUGGUAAAAAAGUUGUGUAUGUUAUUUCUCCCACACCCAAUCUCAUCAAUUUCACACAAUUAUUUCUUAUACCUGACAAAAGGAGAAUCAAUUUAAAAAUAAUCAAUUAAUUUCAAUAACUAUUGGUAAUUAAUUAUUUUGUUUGGUAUCUAACAAGGGAAAGAAAUCGUACAUGACAGAUGUGGUGGUAUAAGUGGAAUUAGUCUCUUUGAAGCCUAUAGCCCUGAGUGAAGAAGUUAGUUUUCUUUAAUGCAUUCAAAAAGUGAUCUCUGUAAAAUUCACACAGAUCCCCCCUCCUCUUUCCCAACUGGUCCAGUCAAGUGAUAGGAUCAUAGUGUAAUGAAAAAGCUAAAAGCACAGAUUUAUUAUCGUUAGUUUAGAUCUAUUACAAAUUUAAUCACAUGACUGAUCCAAACUAAUUGAUACAAUUACACUUAAUAUGAGUUUUGUCUUUUUUUUUCUAAAGUAUUUUUGAUGUUUACUUUCAAUGAGUUGUCCUUCCCAGUCUCUUCCCCCCCUCCCUUACUUUUAAAAGACCUACAAAUACAAAAAACAAAACAAAAAAGUUAUUUAGGUGCUUUGUUUAUAAUUUACUGUUGACCCUAACACUUAAGCUUAGCUUUUAACCUAAGUCUGACUACACUAAAUUUCAUGUAACGAAUCCCAAUAUUGAUUUGAAAGCAAAACUAUUGGGAAAUUUAGAGAUGAAAACUAACUCUACUACUAACACUUAUACCUUCAAUCAUCUUCAAUGCUACCCAUAAAACUCUAGUUCCCUAUGACUAACCCUAAUAUGAAACAUGUCUUGAUCUCUUAGCAUAACUUCAAUUAUUAGCACCUAAGUAUCAAAUCACAGCUACUAAAUCACACCUAUUAAAAAAAUGAAAAUGUUUCAUGAGAAAACCCAGGUAAUAACACUAUUGGAAAACUUAUUUCACCAUAUCAGUAUUUUGUGUUUUCUGCUAAAUAUCUUUUGUUUAAAAAAAAAAAAAAAGAUGUAUUGACAAUAUAUAUAUAUUAUUUCUCAAUGCAAGUCAACUUGUAAUUACUUGAUAUAUGUGAAGAAAAAGACUUUUUAUAAUCUUCCAGCCUUUCAUCUUUUUAUUUUUAAUUGUAAUUUUUAUAAGUGUAUCAUUGUUAAUUCUUUGACAUUAUGUUCCUGUUGUGUGGAAUGCUAAUUAUAACUUUAAGUGAUUAACAGUCAUAACCAUUUUGUAUUUUUUUUAUGCUCUUUAUAUUAUUGAAUAUUCAGGACAAAUAUUUGUGUAGAAAAUCAUUUUACUUUUAUUUCUAUGAUGUUAUUUUACUAGGAAGUACAUUUCUUUGAAUGUAGCUCUACAUGGAAACAAAGAAACAAAAGUAAAAAUAUUGUAACUUUGUCAUUUUCUCUGAGAUCUGAUCUAUGUAGCUACAUAUGUAAUUUCUACUGCAUGGUGGAUCUGUAAUAUAAUUAUUAUGUGUUUUUUUUUUGAGGUAUAUUUUUGAAAUAUUCUGAACCUGGGACAUCCAAGUGUCACUCAUCAGAUGCUUAGUGCAUAACAAAAUCUUUGAGUAGCAGCAGUGACUAACUCAACAUUGUAUACUCAUUUAGUGCUUCUACCAUGGCCUUGCUUGAGGCAAACUAUAAUUAAUCAGAAACAAACUAAAUAGUUCAUUACAUUGGAAUCCAUUAAACACUUCUGUUGCACUAAACAUCUUAAAUUUAAUGUACACAAAUUUGGUUGAGAAAUCCUAAAUUAUUUGUAUUUCUUGCAACUAAGUAUUAAGUCCCAUUGAAUAUCAAUUUGAAUUAAUUGUGAACUUGGGCUGCUUUGAAUUGUUUUCUAAAUGUGUUUCUAGUUUAUAUAAUUUUAUCCAUGAACACAUUCUUCUGUUUUGUGUGAGCCCAAACAAAGCUAGUUUUCUAUUUACAUUUUUAUUUAGAGGAAAAAAAGUGGUGAUGACUUAAUUUAUUGCCAAUAACAUAGAUCUGAGGCUGUGUUAUAUUGGUCCAUAUUGUGCAAUCUCUCCGUCCAUUUAUAGUUUUAAACAUUUAUUUUGAUGGCAGAGAAUAUUGACUUAAUGAUGAUUUAUAGUUUUUAUUUGUUUUUUUUAUACUAGGUCUCUGGUCAUUACUGUUUUGUUGUGGUCACUAUACAAAGUUUGCAGCAUUUUGAGCUGAAGUAUUUGAUCUGUGCUGCUCUAUUUGAAACCGUUUUAUCUUCAUGUUUCUAUUGCAAUGCACAUGUAUAUAAUGUUUAUAAUUCACUUACAUUUGCAACAAAUCAGAUUUUUGUGGCUGGAUGUUUUCGAAUAUCAUUGACAUUGUGAUAUAAAUACACUUACUUCUUCCGUCCCUGUUAUAACAUAAUUUCAUUGAUGCAAGGCACACAAUUAUAUCUAUUUAUUGAAACAUUCUAUCUUGAGCAUUUUUAUUUUUGUAACUAGGACCUUAUUUUAAAUGAUCCAUAGCCCAAUAUAUUCUUUCAGGGUUUUCCAUAUCCUCUCAAUGGGGAGGGGUACAGGGCUGACUUAUGCUAAAAAAAAUAGUAGCUAAUUGUAACUUCUUAGUGAAAUGCUGUAUUUCAAUAGUGUAUCUUAAAAACCAAUAGCUUGAUAUAAACUAUGAUAAACAGAGUGUAGAAACAUUAAUAUGGAUUAAUAAUAACCAAAAAGUCAAGCUUCAGUUUAAGAACAGGCUUAAUGAAGUUUUUCAUAGGACAAAAGUUUACACAUUACUUUUCAGACAAGAUAAAUUAAGUCCUUUUUUUUUUUUUGCAUGGCAGCAUUUACCUAUGUCCUUUUUCUGUCAAAGUAGUGUCAUAACAAUGAGGCAGGCUAAUAGAAACAAACUUCAUUGAUUUCUAUAUACAUUUAACAGUUCAGAGCAUUUUUAGGCCAGAACAGGAGAAAGCAUUUAGUUAGAAGUCUCAAAUGUUAUCAAUGUCAACAAGAAUCAUUUCAUUCCUUUUUAUUAAGUCCUAAUAUCUAAUGUACUUGUAUAUUAAAACCAGUUGUUUAAUGUAUCAACAAUAUAAAGCUGUGAUUUUAUAAAUGUGUGUGUGUGUGCUCUAAUGGUAAUGAAAUAAAUCUAAAACAUUCAUCUCUUCUUGUCCCUAUCACUUGAUGUUACAAAUAAUCAAACUGAAUACAUUCCUAUGUUCUCUUAUUUGAUGUUAGAAUUGACUUGUUCCUUUUAUAGUAUAUAGCCUUUUUUUUUUCAUUUACCUUCAUUUUAUUGUUAAAAUAAAAUGUUUGCAAACAUU